AUGUCACAAUUUGCCUUGUUGUUGGAGGAUGAGGUGAAUGAAUCUGAGAUCAUUUCUUCAAGAAAGCAUCAACGUUCAAAACAAAAAUCUAAAAAGAAAUCACUCUUUCGUGAAGAAUUUUCAAGAAUUGCCUACGAUCCUGUGAUUUGGUUUCAUGUAUUGACAUUUAUAGAGUUUAAAUAUUUAUAUCCGUUGUGUGCUCGAAUCGACAAGUUGAGAUGUGAAAUGAUUUAUUCACGAGCCAUGGGUCAUCACGUAUUGAUGUAUGAAUUUAAAACCAUUCUCAAUGGAGAGGAAGAACAUGACACACGAGUAUGGUUUCAAAAGUUUGUUCGAAGGGAAUCCAUGAUGGACUUGUUGCAUCGAGAGGAUCCUCAAUGCCAUUUUAAGGAAUUAAGAGAAUUUGUGAAAAUCUAUUCGGACGACAAACGUAGUGAACAACAGAAACACUCUUCUCAACAACAACUGUUACCUUCCAAGGAAAAAAAUUACACUCCUGAACAUGUGCAUGAAUUUACAAUUUUCGUCAAGUUAUUUCUCUCACUCUUGAAACGAAGAAAUCAAAUACAACUUUUCAACAUGAAAAUUCGAAUGAGAUACCAACAAGUAGCCACAAAUGAAGGGAGUAGAGAUUAUAGCAAAAAUUUUCACAUGCUCAACGAGACCAAGCAUGAUGAAGAUCGAAAAGAGGAUAUUCACAAAAGCCAUGUCAAUAAUCUUGACCAAAAUUUAAGAAAACAACUUCAUUGCGAUCAUUUUGAGAAUGUGGUUCGAAUGGUUGGAUCAAAAACAAUGAUUUCACAAUGUAAGGCAUGUGGCAUUUCCAUGGAUAUUUCUCAUGUCACACCCAAAAAUUUAAAUUACAAAUACAAGUAUUAG